CGUCGUGCACAACACCCGGAAAGCUCUAAUGCUGCUGGGAGGGCAUUUCUCCUUCUCAGGCGACCUCCUCGCCGAGGACCGGAUGCUGGAGCAGGCCGGCUUCGCCGCCGACUCACCUGCCGCCGCACCCGUCACUUCCGACGCAACAGUGCAGGAGACGGAGGCGGCCGAGAACGAGGCGUGGCUGGAGCACAUGACGGCUGUGCUCCUCGGCAGCGGGAGGAGGCCGUUCCUGGCGGCGCUGACCGGGUGCCUGGGCUCUCCCGACGCCGGCCUGGUGGCCGCCUGCCUGACGACGGCGGGGUGGCUGAGCCGUUCCCUAGCAUCGUCGCCGCUCCGGGACACGCACACGGACAUGCAGCUCGCCGCGUUCUCGGCUCUGGUCCCGCGGCUGAAGCGGUGCCUGGCCGGCGGCGCCGCCCACCUGCAGCCCCGGCACAGGGUGCUCGCCGCCGUUACGCUGCACAACUUCAGCAAAAUCCCAGACUGCACGGUCCUGCUGAUGCUGCCUGGCCGACCUCGCCGAGCUGACCCGGACGGCCGGUCAACUGUACGCCGAGCUCCACGAGUGACGACGCUGACCUCGGGCCCACACGGGAGUCGCCGGGGCCGGCCUCUCGUGCUCUCCGCGCGGAAGAUUCAGCGGAGAAAAGUAUGCGCGGGAGGGAGGCGCUGAUAUUCUUUCACCAGGGCGCACACGGAUAUGCCUGCUGGAAAUUGUUCUCAACUGUUUCAGUAGCAGCUUCGUCGUCGACAGUGACAAGGGCUUAAAGGAUAAGAUCCAACUGUACAGUGUGAUAUCUUGUCUCUCCGUGGUUCUACAAAAUACGUACGAUGAGGCGCCGGCCGGCUGUAAAUACGCAAGUUGAUGCUUUAGACAGACACACGUUUGUGCAAGUUGCUUGUGCUUUUUCUAGGCCAUGUACUACUUGUACUAUAUGAAAUGAAAUAUCGUCGGUCUUUGAAUUGA